AUGUCAAAACGAAGUCAUUCUGAGGCUUCGUCCGCACAAUCUUCAAGCACAGCUGCGGCAGCGAGAGGGGAUGUUGGUGUAAUUCCUCCAAAACGACCAUUUUUAUCCGGUUCAGAGUUGGUUCUCUUUCGAAGUGUCCGAUCUCUUGAGGAGUUGGAUAAACGUACUCUCCAGUUGCAGAAUAAGAAACUUUAUGAAGCGCUCUCGGAGAAACGAUCUGCUAUUGGUGAUCUGAGGCAGCGAAUUGAACAAUUGGAGAAUAGACAGGCCAAGGAUGAUGCCCUCCUAUGCGUCGUGAAUCGAUAUUGGAACCAGUUGGCUUCAUGGGAGAAGGAAGAGGUUCCGGAGAAGCUUCAACAACGCGUCCACUUUUCUAAGCGUAUCAUAGCCAGGUUGCUAACUUCCAUCGAAAGACUCGUGGCUCAUCAAAGCCAUCUCCGGUCUAUGCUUUUGGAGAAAGCUAAGGCCUCUACAUCUCAAGCAGAUGAGAUAAAAAUGGCAGAUGAGAAAACAAAUGUACCUCCCGGUGGCUGUGGGGGAUCAAAUCCGAAUGCGAAAAUAAUUUUGGCGCUUCGUGAAGAAGUUACAUUACUCUCAGCUGAGAAUGAAAGACUUCAAAAUCUUAGUACCAGUAUGCAUGCUAAACACCGUCAGCAGAGUCUUCAUGUUCGCGAACUGCAAGACAGGUGUCAAGCUAAUUCCGACUCGGCAGAUGAAUGGAAGGCAAAGUAUGAGGAUUUGGAGUAUAAGCUUCAACAAUCGACCUCGCAACUUUCUAUUCUUGAUCAUCGCCUCUACGAUGCACAACAAGCCAAAAAAGCACUUGAAGAAGAAUUGGCCGCAUUCAAGGGGACUUCUGGCUCUCCAGGAGAAGGAUCUGAGGACACAAGCAGCACGUUGCCGGGUAUGACGAAGACCAAGUACAACGAUAUACUCUGCGAGUUGGAGGAACAACGCGAAUUAGCCUCCAAUCGUCUCUCCGAAUUGGAGCGUUUACAACGGCUACAUGAGGAAAAAGUGGCCGAAUGCGCCAAGCUCAGCAUGCAAGUCAAUGACCCUUCCGACGAAUUGAUUCAGGAAUCGCCACUCUACAGAUCACUCAAAGUUCAAUUUAAUAUUCUCUACUCUGAGAUUAAGACGCUAAGGACUCAAUUGGAUGAAUCUCGGAGUAUUAUUCAAACCGUGCGCAAUGCUCAUCUUAAACAAGUUGAAGAGAUGGAGGCUAACGAGACGGCAAUACUAUCUCAAAUGAAAUCUGAGAUGAUGUCCCAAGAAGAGCUCUAUGCCAAACUUCGUCGUCAAUUUGACGAUGUCGAAGCAGACUUGAAGCAGGUUAUGGCCCACAACGAACAAGUCCUUCCCAUCAGUAGUGAGAUGCGUAGCCUCAUCAAUACUCUCCAGUUACAGAACAAACAGCUAAAAAACGAAGUCUACCGUUUUCGCCGCAAGUCUAAGGAGGCAGCCAACAAUCACCAACAAAUUGCUGAAGAGUUGAAAGUCACACAAGAGGAGUUAGAUCAGGUUAGGAAAGCCUUUUCAGAGGCCAAUGCAGCUGUACUCAAACUCACGAAAGAGAUGAAGGAACCGACGGAAAUUACGACAACAGCUGUGUCCUCUGAUGCUCCACCUUCAGAACAGCAAUCUCUCUGCAAAUCUGAGAGCUCUGAACCAUUGGAGGUCAAAGCUGAAAUGUCUUCUCCCACAUCAGCUUCCCAUUUGCCGAUGCCGACUGGCCAAGAAUCGAAGCUGUUCAACAGUGGACAGUGGCACUCUCCGGCCGACUGGCCAAGAAUCGAAGCCGUUGCUGAGUCUUACCUCGAAGAAAGGAGAAACAGUGGACAGUGGCACUCUUCGACAUACCCGACUAGCCAAGAAUCGAAGCCAUUGCUGAGUUUAGACUACGUACCGACGGAUUGCCUGGCAAAACACCUUCAAAGAUUGGGAGACUCUACUUCACGAGACCGAAAAGGAAGUACUUCGUGUCAAUCGGCUGAGGAAAUAAUUCGUGACCUCAGGCAACAGUUGAAGUGCUACCCUAAUAAUUCUUCGCCUAUUCUCUUCUCAAUGAUGUUUUUCUAUCUUUUUCUUCGUAGAACUUCAAAAGAUGCUGAAAAAGAGAUGUCGGUUUUGCUGAAUAUGUACAAAGUCAUUCCUAAAGAUCAGCGCGAUAAAGCCGCGCUUCUUCAGUCUGAAUCAAAGUUACGUUCAGAACUCACUGAAGUUCGCAAUCAACUCACCUCUCUUCAAACCAGUUACGGCGAUUUGCAUACCCGGUACGCUCAUCUUCAACGUGAAUGUCGUAUUGCCUCUGCAUCCACUACUAAUAUCAAACGGGAACCCGCUACUACUGAGGCUCAAUUGGUGUCGUCUAAUUUCAAUCCAGAUCGUAAAGUCGAGGGUGUUUCUGCUGAACCUUCCCCUCAGGAAGGCCAUGGAACUACAACAACUACGGCAACAACCGAUUCUCCUGUCACCACAACCACAGUCUGUCCAGAAGGUACUGAAAAAUCGGUAGCCGAUAAGUCGACGCCAACCCAAGCUGGGCUUUCGCUACCUCCUCCACCACCACCCCCACCAAUCCAGCACCCUCUUAUGCCACCCGUUCCUAGAAAAAAUUCCGCCAAUUUGGAGGAAGAACGGAAAGCUUGGCAAGUGGCCGAACUCCUUCUUGAACUUCAACAUACGCAGCGUCGUUGUCAUACAUUGGAAGAAUGUGUGAAUUCCCUCCAGCAGCAGGUUGCCACGGCGAAACAGCAGGAGGAUGUCAUGCUUAAAGAGAUGGAGGUAACGGGUCAAGCAUUUGAGGACGUGCAAGAACAGAAUACGCGGUUGGUGAAGAAUUUGCGUGAAAAGGAGGAUGCCUAUUUGAAUCAUAUGGCGGAAUGCAUUAAGACUAACCAGCUGGUGAGGUUGCUUAAAGAAGAUAAAAGGCUUCUGGAUGAACAGUUGAGAAUGAUGCAUGUUAAAAUAGAGGCCCAGCAUCGCACACUUCAAAAACAAGAAGAUAAGGCAAGUUCCUUUUGGCGAUUGUUUUCGAUUUUUAUUUGA